GUGGGAACGCAGAGGAGGCGAAUAAAACGCAGCUGGUGCUCGGUGAUGAAAACAGACUUCAACUCUUCGCUGAUUUCACAGCAUUGACGUGUAAUGUCUGCACAGGUGAAGGAUAAAGAAGCAUACCAAAGACUGAAUUAUCUCUACCAGGCUGCUCAUUGCGUUUUGUCCCAAAACCCUGACAAUGUGGAGCUGGCUCGUUUCUACUGCUUUACUCAGCGGACCAUCGCAAGACGUCUUGUUCUGCGACAAGAUCCAUCUGUGAAAAGAACAAUAUGCAAGAAGUGUUGCUCCCUGCUCAUCCCGGGUUUAACAGCAACAACCAGACAACAACGGAAAAGGGGGAAAAAGAGUCGCUUCACGGUGCUGCGCUGUCUCAGUUGCAAACAGAGCAAGACGCUAUUGAAUGACCCAGAUUAUUGCUUGUGGCAGGACCGUCCGGAGGCUCAGGCUCAGCCACAACAAAAACAACCGGAUGAAGAUAUCUCUGGUAGAAAUCAGCCCAAAAAGACCAAACCUGACCGGUCUAAUUGUUCCAAAGCCAGCACAAGUACUGCCACUACGAAGCAGAUGCCGCCGUGAAAUCACAUAAUGCAAUUUUGCAAACUCUUUUGUUGGACCACAACUGAAAAAUACAGUUUUAUUUAUUUGAGUCCACUUUUAUGUUGACUUGAACUGCUGAGGGUUACUGUAAUUCUUGAUGUCCCACAUCACAGAUGGGGAGCCUGCAAAAAGAUGCAAUUUGUUUCAUUUUUUUAAAUUACAUUUAUUUGAAAAUAUAACUUUUUUCUCAAAGGUAUAACGUCCGUCUCUUAAAAAGAUUUUCAUUUUUUUCCUCAAAUGUACAACUUUUUAAAGAAAAUAUACCAAAUUAAUUUGCGAAUUAUUACUGGGAUUUUUUUUUUCACUGAAGAUUUCAGCUCGUUACUGGUUUUGUGCUCAGGCAAAAGCAAAGACUCUGCACCCCUGUCCAACAUGAAUACAUAUGUGAUUUCAUUUGUUUUAUUUAUUUUAUUGAAAACAACCAGCAAAUGUUUUGUAUUGACAUUUUGCUAACUUUUUUGUUCUUGAUGUCGUGGCCUUUGAAGGGUGUAUUGCUAUAAAAUAAAAUGACAAAUGUC